AUGGCUACCACUCUCCAACCUUCCUUUGGCCUACAACAGCCUGAAGAUUCUAUGGAGAUCUCAUCUGAGUACGGCAACAUGGACGCCGACAUCGAUAUUGAUCUCGACGCCCCCGACGCUCCCGACACCAACAUGCAGUCUUUCCAAGUAGACGACCACCAAAUGCAGGAAGACCCCAGAUCCGACCGCCCCGACGACGAUCUCAUGAUUGAUGACUCUAAUCUCGACGACACCGACCGCAUGAUGCAAGAUGAUGCUCCACCUCCUCAAGAGCAAGAUGAGGAGUUACUAGACUUCAGUGAAGACGAAGAAGAUGUUCCUAUGAAUCCUGUCGAGCCCAGCCAGGUCGAGAUCAACUUCGGCGCCGCAACUGGAGCGCCUGCACAGCAACCUAUAACCACCGAAGAACCUAUUGAACUUGUUCAAUCUGAAGCUGCAUCUGAGCUCCUGACUGAAGGUGUUCAGCCCAUCAACACCGUAGUCCAACCAUCAGAACAGGUUUCCGAGCAGCCUCAGAUCGAACCUGUCGCGACACAGGAACCUGUGUCUGAACAGAACGUGACCAACAAUAAGCCCGAAGAUGUCGCCCAAGAAUCUCUUGACCAAGUCGCCAAAACAGAGGUCCAGUCUGCGCCUCGCGAAGAGACACAGGCCUCACACCAUGCAGACUCAAGUGAAAAGCUUGAGACACAUGCCCAAGAGUCUGUUGUUGAGUCUACUGAGGUCCCCAACGCAACCAACGAAGUUUCGCAAGAGAGCGCACAAGUUGCUCACCAACAACCAACAAAUGACCAAGACCCAGAACAAGGUAAUGAUGAUGUCCAAGUCGAAGUUGGUCAGGAAGGCGAUGAGCAGCCCGCUAAACGCACCCUAACCCGGCAAGAGACUGAUCUCUCGAACUAUACCGUUCCUGAUGAUUACUCACGUGAGAGGCAAGUCAACUCGCCUACUGUGACUGGCUUGCACCCCACCAUAGUUGAGUACCAGGAGAACGAGGUCUACCUCUUCCCUUCGAGAGACCCUGCUGUGCCUGAGCAGUAUCUACUGCAGAACGAAAAUCUUGUGACCACUAGUCUCGGCGAUUUGCUCCAAGCUUGCCGCACUGCUCUUGGUGAUGGUAUCAGUGAAGAUGAAGAGCUGGUUUUGGGUGUGGAGGAGCUGGACCUUUAUGUGAGCGAAGUAAGUUUUGACAUAUCAUCUGCUACCUUGUUUACAAUGGCUAACAACUCCUUCAGGNACUCGACACCCGCAUUCUCUACCAGCUUUUCAGAGCUGCUUGACAUGUACCUGCAGCUGCACAAGCUUGAUGGCAACGACAGCCCUCCGCCAUUCCGUGUGUCCUUGACUACCAAAACUAGAUUCAGUAACCGCUUGGCUUCGAUCACUCAAGCCAUCUCCGAAGGCAAAGGCUUCUCGUCGCUUUCCUUCUUGCAGUAUUACGAAUAUGAUGAACCCACCGAAUUGCCCGAUGAGGACUUUGACGAUGACUUUGACGAGCUUGUCAAGCCUGAUGAACCGCAGCAACUGAUCGAAGAGGGUGUUCCCACUGUUGAGAGCGCACAAACUGUCGCCGAGGAUGAACACACCACUGAGAAUACCUCUGCUUUACAAGCUGAGCAGCAACAAAAUGAGCAGACCGACCCUGCUCAAGAGGGUGAGUAUGAAGGCGAAACAUCGGCUGAGCACGACGUCCAUACCGAUGCUGCCGACCAGUCCGAGUACAACCAGGACGAUACUCAGUACUUUGACGCCCAAGGAGGCGAGUCUGAGUUGUUAGGCGAGAGCCACGUCGAGGAAGAAGACGAUGGUACUCCCGCUGAAGUUCAGCCUACCACUGGCGAUCUAGAGGCUGUAGCCGGUGAUGAAACCCAUCACGAUGACCAGCAUGCCGACGGAACUGUUCAAGAUGAACAUGCUUCUGAACAUGACGAGCAAGAAGAGCAAUAUGAAGAGCAUGCUGGAGAACAGCAAGAGUAUGAGACACAAGGCGAAGAGCACGUGUUCGGUCAAGGCGAGUUCUUCGACGAGAACUACGAGUACCAAGACGGUGAGAUACACGAAGAGGAUGCUCAUGCCGCUGAGGAAGAAGCGAUCAACGAUGAAAGCCACUACCAGGAAGAGCAAGAAGCCGAGGUUUCUGCCGCUGGAGAACAAGAUGACAGUGCUGUACCUCCACCUGCAGAGGCCCCUCACGCCGAUGAAGACGGCCAUGAAAAUGAACAAGAUGCGCAACACGACUACAGCAAUGCUGACCAGUCUGUCGACGACGGCGUUGCAGAUGUCGAACAUGACAACGGUGUAGCUGAUGGUGCCGUCAAGAAAGACAGCGUUAAGCGCCAGUCACUCGCAGUCGAGGACGAUGACUACGAUGAGAUCAACUUCGACGACGAAGACAGCUACGAUGAUGAUGGCGCCGGACUUGCGCCGGUACUUACAAACACGUCAAGCAAGGCAUCUCCCGGCGCAAAGCGUUCAUUCUCAGAGCUUGACCAAGUGGACGACGAGCAAGACAGCAAGAAGGCUCGUGCCUCAUGA